UUUAAAAUUUUUCAUCAUAUUUCACAAUGUACUGUUUUACUGUACUUUUGAUUGAAUAAAUGCAGCCUUAGUCAGCAUGUAACUUCUUUCAAAAACAUUUAAAGAUUACAGAUUCCAAACUGUAUUGUAAAUGUUCAACAAUUUCUACCAAUAAGAAAACCCUCUUCAGCAUACAUAAUCUGACUGGCACUUUAUAAGCCUUUGUUAUUGACUUAUACAUGUUGCAAAGUCAUCUGUGACAAGAAGAGCUAUACGAUGUACUGCCAUUUUAUAAUCAUAUCAUCAGAAUUUCUUACACGCUAGCAUGUGUCUGAGCCAUAAGUAUGUAUACGAUGAUAAGAAUUAUGUGUACCAUGCCAUUAAUGUGGAUGUGAUAAAGCCGUCUUUCACCGAUAAAUCCGAAAUAAAAAAGUAGUUUUAAUUAUAACUGAGCAAAGCUGCCUCAAAUACAACUGGACAAAGACAAUGCUGCCUUAUUAUUGACAAUAAAGAGGCUAUCCUAUUGUCUUUAUCAAUGCUGUCAUUGUUUUUUUUCUGUAUAAUGAGCACAUACAGGAGUGACUAAUGUACUGUAAUUGAAUGAGAUAGCAGGAGUAAAAUAACGCCUGAGUGAUUCAGCUCAUUUAGCCACUGUUCACAUCUCAGAGAGAUGCAGACCCAGCCUUUCUCCCACAUGCCUGGCAAAUCUUAGAUCGUUGGAAAGAAUCUCAUAAACCACAUUCGGUCAGCAUUAAAAAACAAAAACAAAAAAAAACAACAGCAUUGUGUAAUGAAAAAGAUCAGAGCAUAAUUUGGCUGCUACUCUAAUACCAUCUGCACCAUUUUUAAGAAAAAAUAUAUUUGAGGUUCUUUAGGUUGCGAGGACUUCCCACUUACAUCCUUUAGUCAUCUCAAGCAUGAAUCUCAGACAGGCCAUAGAAAAACACUGGGGUUCAUUUCCCUUUGCAUUUCUCAUUUUUACACAUACUUCCAUAUAAAUAGUGACCAGAUUAAUGUCAUCUCUCACAUAUCAGUAUCCCUUUGCACAGACUGACCCUGUGACACUGAAGCAUGCGUAAUUAAAAUCCUUACAUAUCAAAGCACAUCACAUCACGACUGCACCUCCUCUUAAUUUAACCCUCCCUUCAACACCUCUCAAGACCCUGACAGAUGUUUGAGUGACAGGCCCAUUUCUUGAUGGUGCAGAGGCUCAACAUUCCCAAAGCACUGACUCAUGUUUAUAGCUGAGUAUAAAAUGCCUGGACCUCUGAGAGUGUGGAUUUGUGAACAGAGCUUGCAAGAGGAACAUCAGCAAAGUAAGGCCUAAAAGUUUAGCCACUGACCCAUGAUGAGUCGCAGCCCAGAAAGGAUCUCAUCCUAUCGCCGCCACUUCGAGGACACCAGCACCUCCUCUUACCAGGUGAGGGUCAGCAGCCCUUCUCCUGUCAGACGGGAUGUCGGGAGGUGCCGUUCAGCCAGCUACUCCCGUAAUGCCACGGCUGUGAGAAGCAGCAUGGCAGUGGGCCGGAGGACCAUCUCAUCCUCACGCAGCCAGCCUCUCAUGACUGGUCUCGGAAUGGGAGCCAUCUGUCUUAGUGGAGGGGGUCCAGGGGUCGAUCUUGAACAGGCUGCUGCCGAAAACCGUGAAUUCCUCAGCACACGAACCAAUGAGAGACAAGAAAUGGUUCUGCUCAACGAUCGACUGGCAGCAUACAUUGAGAAGGUCCGGUCGCUAGAGCAGCAAAACAAAUUGUUGGAGACGGAAAUCGAGGCCCUAAAGAAUCGAUUCUUGAAGCCAACCGGCCUACGCUUGCUGUACGAGGAGCAACUCAAGGAGCUGAAGAGGCUGGCUGACCAGAUGAGACUGCAGCGGGACCUUGCUAUUGCUGCAAAGGAUGCUAUGGCGGGUCAGUUGGAGAUGAUUAAGAUUAAAUAUGAAGAGGCCUUAGAGAUGAGGAAGAAAGCCGAGCUUGACAUUGAAGCUUUCCGUCCGGAUGUUGAUGCCGCAACCUCCGCGCGCAUUGCUUUGGAGAAGCAGCUAGAAAACCUGGAGGUGGAACUAGAAUUCCUUCAAAGAGUACACAAACAGGAAAUCGACGAUCUUAUGAAACAAAUAUACUCAGCCCACGCCACAGCAAUGGACAUCUACAGUCUCCCCGACCUCUCAACCGCUCUCAAGCAGAUCCAACACCAGUAUGAUGACAUUGCAGCUAAGAAUUUGCAGGAAAUGGAUUCUUGGUACAAAACUAAAUUUGAUGAUCUCAACAACAAAACAACAAAACAUGUGGACAAGGUGCGAAGCGUGAGACAGGAAAUUGUCACUGCGAAGAAGGAUAUUCAAAAUAAGCAGCGUGAUUUGGACUCUUUGAACACCAAAAAUGAGGCUUUGGAAGCACAGAUCCGUGAGACUCAGGAAAAGUACAGAAAAGAACUAGAAGAACUGCAGGCAAGAAUUGAGGCCUUGCAGCUUGAGCUGAAGUCCUCCAAACAGAGGAUAGCGCUCCUCAUGCGUGAAUACCAAGAUCUGCUCAAUGUGAAGAUGUCCCUUGAGAUUGAAAUUACCACAUACAGGAAGCUCAUUGAGGGCGAGGACUCUCGUCUGACUUCCGUCGCACAGAGCAUGCAAACCAUGUCCAUCAUGAGUGGCAGCAUGAGUGUUCACAGUGCUGGAGCCAGAGGUGUUGCAGGUGCCCUGGGUGCAGGAGUUGCAGAUACAGUGGGCGGAGGUCUUGCUGGAGGUCUUGGUGGUGGCCCUGCCACAGGUCUUGGAGGAGCUGUUGGUGGUGGCCAUGCCACAGGUAAUGGCGGAGGUAUUGUUAAUGGGACCACCGGUGGGGUUGGCGGCCCAGGCACCACUAUGGACUACACUCAAGAGCAGGCUGUGGAGAUGACGGAGAGGAAGACUGUGCUUAUCAGAACAGUUAAAACUGAGGAUGAUACGCUGGAGAGCAACACACAGGAGAAAUCUUAUUCCAUCUCUGGCGCAGCAGAUGAUGAAGAGUAGUGGUGUUUUCUGCUCACCAGUCCUGCCUGCAGAUGCGUGUGCCUUACUACUCAAAGAUCAGCUUGCAUUGCUUGUCCACAAAUGGAAAUAAAGCUCUGAGCAUCA